AUGCACGCCCUUGGACAACAUCACGGGGUUCCGUGUGCCGGAUCAUUGUCAAUAGGAUUGGGGCCGCUCGAGAGGCUCUGCGAUGCUGACGAUGUGAGUGCCGAGGGACAUACGACGGCGACAGCGCCAGUGACGGGGUGGGACGACGAGGCGAGGGAGCUGGUUGUAUAUCUUAAAAUGAGCGUUGUUGCCCAGGAGCGGACGGCGACGAGAUACAUUCCUGAUUCUACGAGUUCGAGUUCAGCGACGAGCCAGCAGACAUCUGCUUCAAUAGCCAAAGGGUCAAAUGCUGGUGCUAUAACAGGUGCAACUGUUGGCGACGUGGUGGCUGUCGCGUCAAUCAUCACCCUUUUUCUCUUCUGUCCUCGCCGCAGAAGAACCGUGCGGCACAGAGCUGAUGCAGCUUCGAAGGCGAACGUCAACAGUCCUGCAACGGCGCAAAGCUGGGUGGGCAUCUCGCCGCUGUCACGCAACAGCACCCUGCACUUCGCCCUCUCUCAACCCUCACCGUACUCUCCGCCAGACUCUCAUCCCCCUCCAUCGACGCCGUGGUAUGACGUGCUUCCCGUCUCCUCCCAGUCGCGCCAAGUCUUUCAAGGAGUGGGUCACGUAUGCUACACCUGCGGAGCUGCCAAAUGUGGUAACAGCAGUGGUCGCAGAGUUACCUGGGAUCUCGAGCCCCGUAAAUGCAGGGAUACCACAAAGGAGGGUUUCCAACGCCGGCCAUGA